AUGGCUGGGCCCGAAGCCCCUGGCAACGAGGACGCUCUCGAGGCCAAGCAGCGUGGUGGAGCUGCCUAUGCUCAGAAGGACUGGACAGCAGCUACCGAGCACUACACUGCUGCGCUGAAGUCUUGUCGUGCUGACUCCGAGCUGGCCCUCAUCUGCCUCAACAACCGUGCUGCAUGCUACGCCCAGUUGAAGCGGCAUGAGCUGGUUGUGCAAGACACCUCGGAGGUGCUGCAGAAGCAGCCUGCCAACAUGAAGGCCCUCCUUCGUCGGAUGGUUGCCUUGGAUGCCCUUGGAAGGGAAGAGGCAGCCCUGAAGGAUGCCAAAGACAUCCUUAUCAUGGAGCCCAAGAACUCUCAUGCAAUGCAGGUUGUUGCGCGCAAGAGAAAGAGCCUCACAAAGAAGGCGAGCGACGCGCUUCCUUCGUCCACUGGGCAACCCGAAACAAGUGUCGCGGUCUUCCUCUUCAGCGAGGAUCGGCCGCUUCAGUGCUAUGCCUGCCUGCGAUCCUUGCAGAAGCACCUGCACGGCGCUGCACUGCACGUGACGGUAUUUUGGCAAGCGGCUGAGCGCGCCUGCGUUCAUUCGUACCAGCUUCUGGAAGCCCUCCCCGAGCUCCGAAGCUUGCAGCAUGGAGAGAUUGCCUGGCUGGAAGUGUCAAAGGGCCAACUCUACAGCAAUUUCUCGAGAACUGUAAGCCGCCUGUCAGCCGAUGGGAUCCGGCACCUGCUGAUACUGUCGGAUUCGGCCGUCUUCCACACCAGCACCGAUGUUGCGGCGGCUUCAGCCUUGCUGAGCGAACGCUCAGAGACUUUUGCAGUGCGCUUGGACUUGAAUCCUCGCAUCGAGUACUUCUCGGAAGCGGAGCUGUAUGCAUCUGCACCCCGAUCGAAGCCAUUUGCGAACGAUCCGAGACUGAUGGUGUGGACUCGAUGUUUUGACUCCUCGAAGAUGGCCUACGAAGCAGUGCCGCGAGAAAGCGGUUGGGAUGACAUCCUCUGCUGGACGGCGAGCCUACUUCGAGCCGAGCAUGUGGCGCACUUCUUCUCUGCACUGCAGGGAAAGGAGGUCGACAACGUAAAGGAGCUGGACGACAAGGCUGCCGAUUGGCUCAGCAGACGGCAGCGCAUGAAGCGCAGAGAGGUCUCAAUAUGUACUGCUUGUUUCGUCGAGCCUCUCCUGAUCACCCUUGAUGCCCGUGGCUUCGGAUCGGCUAAGGAGGCCGAUGGUCUCCUCCGAGCUCAUCUUCUGCACGACUUGGGCGGGAAGGCAAGCUUCGGCAAGCUAGCGCGCCAGCUAAGCUGGAGCGAGGCAGAAGUUGCCAAGUACUUUCAAAGCGUGGAUGAAGGUGCUCCGCUCAGCAUCUUGGACGGGCUCUUGCAGCCUGAAAGGUAUCGGGAGCACUACUUCGACUCUGCGCGUGUAUCGCUAACGGUCCCUCUGGCAGGGCCGCCCCGGGAGCUCAGCUGUGAGCCCCUUGUCUCGUGGCUGAUACCAGCCCGAAACUGCGAAGACUUCCUCCUUGACUGUUUUCGCUCCAUUGAGCAGCAGGUUGGAGUGGCUGCUGGAUCCUACGAAAUUGUAGUGGUCGAGGACGCUUCGGAAGAUGGAACAUCGGCGAUUUUGCAGCACUACGCAGACAAGCGCCCGAACGUUCGCAUCAUUGAUAGCAAUGGGAUGCAGCAAGGCGUGGCCGGAUGCCUUCGCGAAGGCUGGGAGCACUGCCGGGGUCGCUUUGUGGCCCGCCUGGAUGCAGAUGACGAGGCUGACCUCCAGCGGCUGUCCAAGCAGCUUCGCUACAUGGAGCAGCAUCCGUCUGUCUCCGUGCUGGGUGGCCGUCACAGAUCCUUCUUCACGGAGCACCGCAAGUUCACCGUGGAGCGAAUAUCGCAAAAGGAGGAUGGCCGAGUUGUAGCCGCUGUGUGGCGGGAGUUUCAUGGGCAGCAAACAUCUCGCGCGCGGGAGCAGAUCUGCUUAGCUGAAAGAGGCGACCAGGUGCUGGUCGUGGAGGGCCCGGCUGAGUACUUGAACUGCAGAUUGCUGCGAGUCGGCGAGGAGUCCCUGGUUCUUCAUCCAGAGAGGUGGCAAGAGGCCCUGAGUGCUGCACAAGGUGGCCGAGGGGAGGUUCUUCUUCUGCGGAGAGAUCCGCUGGAGCCCGCUCAGGGAGGUCGAUGGAUGCAUCCCUGCCUCGUGCGGGCGGCCUCUCUGUUCGAGGAGUGCGUGCUGGGGACAACGUGCCUCUUCCGCAAGUCGCACUUCGGUGAGGAAUGCCCGUUCAAGCGGGAGGAGGCAGAAAAUCAUUGGCUCUGGUUGGGCCUGGAGUCCAACCAACAUGCCAUGAACAUUGCUGACGUCCUGGUGCACACCAGGCCAUCAGCUCUACAACGGACCUGGCUCUGGAAAAGUCUCUGA